AUGUGGUAUGAAAUUAUUUUUAUUUUAGCAAUGAUAACAUAUCAUCAAUUAUAUGUUCAAUCAUCAACAAUCACAGCAACAUUUGGUUAUCAUUUUAUGAUCAUUUUUCCGAGUAAUAAUGGAAAUAAAAAUAUAAAUCCAACAAUCAGUGUUACCUUAAUGAAUCCAAAUAGUAAGGAAGUAACAGUUCAAAUUGAAAAUGUUAAAAAUGCAAAUGAUUUUUUGGAUGAUAGUGAAAUAAUUACUGUAAAUAUUGAUGCAAUGAAUUAUGCUGAAGUUUAUUUUAAUGAUUCAUCUAUAAAUACUUGUAAAAGUACAACUUUUGCAAAUUUUUUGGAAUGUACAGAUAGCAGAAUAUACAUUAAUUCAUUACAAUUACCUAUUACUGUUUUGUCACAUUGGUACCUUACUGAUGCUGGUGACAGUUUUCUUGUAUUACCAUUAUCGAUGAUAACAGGUAAAUAUGCAUUUUCUGCGCCACCACCUGCUGAAGAUGGCAUUACAAUGGUAUAUUUCUUGCCACAAUCAAACAAUAUGGAAAUAUCUGUGGUUGGAGAAGUUAAUAAACAACCAUUUUCUAAUUCAUUUACACCAAAACUUGCAAAUGGUAAUUUAUUGGUGCUGCAAACAACAGGCAAUUUAGCAUUAACUGCAAGUGCAAACAGUGCAUUUGCAGUUAUUGUUGCAGUAACAAAAUUGCCAAUCACAUCAGAUGAUAAUACUAAAAAUGAUUUUGGUAUUUAUAUGCCAACACCACUCUUUUUCACAGGUUUUUAA